AUGAAGGCCGUUACACUCUCCGCAGCUAUCCUCGCGACCUCUGUCGCUGCCGUCGACAUCAGCUCUUGCGCUCAAAUGUGCUACAACAAUGUCGUCGCUCUAGCUCCGACUUUGGGAUGUGCGCCCAACGAUCUCGCCUGUCUCUGCAACAACAAGGACUUCGGCUACGGUAUCCGCGACUGCACUACUGAGGCCUGCUCUGGUGUCAAUGUGCAAGACGUCGAGGCAUACGCUGCUGCCAUUUGCGCUUCAGCCUCUGCAUCUGGCGCUCACUCUACCACUGCUACUGGAACUGGGGCUGCUGCCUCAGGCACACAUUCUGGCGCAGGAGCCAGCGAGACCGGUGCUAGUGGUACCGGUGCCGCCGAAACCAGUGCCGGUGCCUCUUCGACUGCUAUCACUACAGAAGCUGUCGUGACCACCAUUACCUCCGGUUCUAGUGUCAUCACCAGCACCAUUGGAAGCACUACCUUGUACAGCGCCAUCGGUGCAGGUGCUAGUGAAACUGGCGCUGCAUCCAUCCCAUACACCACCGAGCCUGUCGUGACAACCAUCACUUCCGGAUCUGAGGUAAUUACCAGCACAAUCGGCAGCACUACCCUUUAUACCGCUGUUAGUGGAGCAGAAGCAUCCUCCACCGGCUCUGCUGCUGGCUCGGAGACUACUGGCUCAAGCACUGGAACCGAAACUGGAGCUGGAGCCGGAAAUGGUGCCAGCAGCACUGGCUCUGGAUCUGGCUCUCACUCAGCUACCUCCGGUGCAUCAGGCGCAGGUGCUAGCAGCACCUCAUCUCACGGCGCUGCAGCUGCCAUGGCCACUAUCGGCAGUGGUCUGGCUGGCGCCGUCGGUAUUGCUGCCCUUCUCGUUCUCUAA